GUUCAAUGGCUUUCAUUUCUUGUUAGUCUAAUUCUGUAUUUGCAUAUGUCUGUAUCGUCAACACCAGCAUCUCCCUUUGACCUUUCCGCUGUCAUCAUCCUCUUUCCAAAAGCCGCAGUCUAUAAUACGUCAAAACACCAGAAGCAUUACACAAUGGCAUACUCUCGAUACCGACCGACGUCACACUUCAUCGCUCCGCAUUCAUGGUCCAACGACCCCUGCGGCGCAGUAUACGUCCCCGAGUCGCAAGAAUAUCUCAUUUGCUACCAAUGGAAUCCCGGCACCACUGAUGGCGGCAAUUGUGCUUGGGGCAUGGCCAAGAGCAAAGAUCUCGUUGUGUGGGAAGACUGUAUGCCGGCGAUCUGGAACGGCAGCUCCUAUGAUCGUCUCGGUGUCUUCUCAGGAUCGAUUGUUUCCAGAUUAGUCGAUGGAAAGAGAGUAUUAUAUCUGUUUUAUACAAGUGUCUCUGCAGUGCCAAUUCACUGGUCAAAAUCUUACAUCAAAGGCUGUGAGACACAGUCAGUCGCGAUAUCGACAGAUCUGGGAAAGACGUGGGCUCGGCAUGGCAGCAACCCGCUGUUGAAUUCACCCCCAAACGGCACGGUAGUAACGGGCUGGCGUGACCCCUUCGUUUCUCCGUCAGCCUCACUAUCGACUCUUCUGGGCCAUGGCCAACAUACUGAUUACAUGAUGCUUGGAUCUGGAGAGAGGGAACACGGGCCGCAGCUUCAUUUGUACAAAUGCGAUGACCUAGCAUCGGAUUCGUGGGACUACGUGUCCGCAGUUGUCGAUGCAAAACUGCAUACCCCUAUUUCACAACAACACGGCAACUUGGCUUGGGGCAUCAACUUUGAAUGCGCCAGCUUCUUCACAAUUGGCGACAUGGACUACAUCAUUGCUGGCGUUGAAGAAACGGAGGAGAGCACACGCCAUAACGGCCACUACCUGCUCUGGAUGUCGGGCAAGUUUGUUCUCAAUGAACAAGGCUUGCCUACAUUCGACAUCAAGAGCCACGGCCUUCUCGACCACGGUAUCCUUUAUGCGGCUCAUAUAUUCCGAGACGACCAGAACCGGUUGAUACAGCUAGGCUGGGCAGAUGAGACGGCAAAGAAGCACGUUGUUCAAGCUCAAGGAUGGGCAGGCUGCUUGGGCCAUCCCCGAGAACUUGUCCAGGUUGAGCGACCAAUUGAUCUCUGCGCAGAAUCAUGGCCAGAAUGGCAGCUCAACCACGCAGAUGGGACGAUGAACUCUCUCGGCAUCAGACCAGCACCACAAGUUGAGACUCUGAGAACUAGCUCCUCUCUGACAGCUUCAUCCUCGUCCUCUCUAAAGGACUUUACGUGUAUUCGCGCACAAAAUUACGAGAUACAAGCAACAUUUUCCCACCUUUGUGGAACAGAAAAUAUGGUUUUCAACGUUCUCCAAUCUCCUGACGCAACAGAAGUCACAAAGCUUGUCUUUGAUCUAAAGCAGCAGAAAAUUAUCGUCGACCGCUCCAAGUCGUCACUAAAACAUCUCGGUACAAGCACACCCGAUUGUGGUGAUUUGAGACUACUCCCAGGCGAAGACCUCAGUAUUAGAAUAUUCGUCGAUGUGUCAGUAGUUGAGAUUUACGCGAAUGACAGAUUUGCGCUGACGUCUCGCGUCUAUCCAUCAAUGGAGACAUCUACGUGCGCAUCCUAUGACUUUGGGGGUGUAGAUGAGAAGAAUGUCAAGUUUGAGUACUGGCAGGGUCUGAGAAAUGCUUGGCCUGCACGGGGACCUGGAUGUGGCAUUCUGCCUGAUUUGCAUCCCUUGAGUCAGAAUGCUGCGCUGACGACCUUAAAGAAAGAGAAUUUGGUAACGGUUAGUGAAGUACAUGUAGAAAUGGCGGCUGCUUCAUAGAUUCUAGCUAGAGCGGAUAUACAACUAUAUUUUGAGCCA